CGGGACGUGGGUUGAAUCCGGGAAGUAACAUUGAGAUCUGCAUUGCGGUGACCGUGUGGGGUUGCAGCCGUACGUAUCCCAUUACAGCACACCUUUGAGGACUUCCUGAGAUAUGGACGAAAAUGAGCCUUCUAGCGAUUAUGAGGAGUAUACGUCCGAGACGGGCGGGACAUCGACAGAGGACACCAGCUCUGGCUCAGAGAGCACCGAUUAUGAGACGGCGGAUGCUGCAUCGACCAGUAGCACAGGAAGGCGCGCUGGCCAGAACAAUCUGGAUAAACCUGAAGCAUUUAUCGGAUAUGACGAAAUGGUUACUGGUACUGCGUGUACCCGUCAGAACAAUCCAAGCGCACGGUUGCGUCCGGGUCACUACGACUCUAACCCUCGUGCAAAUCAUGCAAACAAGGUGACUGUAAGUGCAAACGGCGUAGCCACGCAGCUAUCGUCCAUGCACUUUGAUUCACUCAUUCAGCAAAACCCAGACACACACAGUUCAGAUCUCCCAGAGGUCGUUGAGCUACAAAGAGGUAAGCUGAGCAAAUAUAAUCAGCUGGCACACUCAAGUACUCCGAUGUGUAAAAUUAAAGAAGAAACGAGUGGCAAUGCCUCGCUUUCGCUCAACGAGUGUAGUCUUCCGGGGAUGGGAUCCGGCACGGCUGUCGUUAAAAAGCAGCGUAAGCACCACACUGAUGCAUUUUCGAGCCUCGGUGAUGACAUGGCGAACUUAACAGACCGCGGAGAAGCCAAGAAGAUAACCGGCGUGGACUGCGCAGAAGUCGAUGCUGACGCAAGAAAAUAUAGAGGCCAGCCAGUGGUGGACUGUGGAAAUGAUCAGCAUUCAUUGAAAGAGGCAGAAGCAAGAGAAAAUCUGGCUGUGAUUGAUGGUGCCAAGUCGGCGUCACGUCGGGCGCUGAAGGCGGCCGGCAGGCGGCGCGCCUCCGCCAGGGCGGCGCCACCGGUUCGGUUCGAGGUGGAGCUGCAGUCGAACUGGGGCAGCGAGGAGCGGGUGGGGCUGUCACAAUUCUGCUUCUUGGACGGUCACGGCAGGAAAGUGCAGGUGGCGGCGCAACGUGACCUGGUGUCCGUGACGGGGGUCAGUGACCUGGCGAGCACGAGGACCGUAUCGAAGCUGUUCGGUACCAGCGAUCAGGUGGGCGGCAGCGGCUGGACGUGCCCGUUCAACUCCUCGCCCGUGUCGCUGAAGCUUCUGCUGUACCCGACUGACGGGAAGAUCAGCGCAGUGAAAGUUCGGAACUACGGCAGCAGCGUCCGAGAGCAAGGCAUCGGCGUACGUGACAUUCAGUUGCGUAUGGAUGGCAGGCUGGUAUACAAUGGUGAGCUGCGUAAGGGUAAUAGCCAGCCAUCGGUGAUCAAGGUAGCCUCACCUGGCUGCCAGCCAGAAAGAAGGGUUCAAUCCGCGCGAGAGAAGUCCUCCCUCUGGUUCCCCGGCGGCGACAACAGACUCAUCGAGCUAUCCAGCGAAGAAGAGGAUGAAGAGUGUCCCACACCGAACCCUCCCACCCAAGCCACGAACGCUGAAGCAACGCCGGGUGCUUGCCCCGCACCGCUGUGGUUCGGCGGUUGGUCCAGGCCGAGCCGCACGCCGGACUCGGCCGGGUCCCGCAGCGCCGAGUCGGUGGUGAUCCAGGACCUGGAGAACGCCAGCCCCUGGGCCUCCCAGCGCCCGGAGUCGACGCUCACCGGCAGCGGCUCGGUGGCCUCCUCGCCGAGCGGCUCGGACGCCAGCUCGCCACAGCGCAGUGUUGACACGUCGCUGGAGGAGAGCUGGAGCCAGCUGGAAGCUUUCAAUCUGCAGCAGCGCGGCCGUCUGGUCAACAGCGCGCUGGACGACGCCGCGUCCUGGACGGCCUGCUCGUCACGUGAGGCCACGCCCACGCCGGGGGUGAUGACGCCGCUGUCGGUCGUCGAGUGCACCGAUGACGCCUUCGCCGGGUGUGACUGUGACAUACCAGAGCUACCCGAGUGCCAAUGGCUGACGCUGAACAUCAGGUCCACGUGGGGCGACAUCCACUACGUGGGCCUGAACGGAAUUGAGGUGUUCGACACCGACGGCCAGCCGGUCGAGGUGGUCUCGAUCCGCGCCGAGCCUGCCGACAUCAACGUGCUGCCCGAGUAUAAUCGCGACCCGCGCGUCGUGACCAACCUGGUGGACGGCGUGAACCGCACGCGCGACGACAUGCACCUUUGGCUGGCGCCGUUCACGCCCGGCGGCGACCACCUGAUCGGCCUGGACGGGCGGCCGCCCUUCUGCGUGGAGGUGGCACGUGCGUGCGGCGACACGCUGGGAGGCACGGAGGCGUUCGGCGACACGAUCCUCUUCACCACCGACGACGCCGUGCUGGAGCGCGUGUCGCGACACGACGCGUCGUUCGCCGCCGAGCCGGCCGAGGCGCCCGAAACGGUGGCGCAGGACCCGGCUGACCGGCCGCGGACGGAGUACGAGGCCCCGGAGAUGCCGCGCGGCUUCGUCUUCCAGCUGCAGCUCAACUCCAGCUGGGGUGACCCCUACUACAUCGGCCUGACGGGGCUGCAGCUGUUCGACCAGGCCGGCCGGCCAAUCACGCUCGCGGCGCGGCAGGUAGCCGCCCACCCGGACAGCGUGAACGUGCUGGAGAACAUCAGCCACGACGUGCGCACUCCCGACAAGCUGGUGGACGGCGUGACGGACGGUCAAGAUGGCCGCCACUCGUGGCUGGCGCCGCUGCUGCCCGACUGUCUCAACCGCGUCUACGUCGUUUUCGACCGGCCGCACACCGUGUCCAUGGUGAAGCUGUGGAACUACGCCAAGACGCCGAGCCGCGGAGUACGCGAAUUCGGUCUGCUCGUCGACGAUCUGGUGGUAUACAACGGCGUGCUGGGACGCGCGCCCGAGCCGGCGCGCGCCGGCGGCCGCGGGCAGCCCCUGCCCUACCACACGGUGCUGUUCACGGCCAACCGGGAGCUGCCGUAG